AUGAACAAAAAUUUAUAUGAUAAGUUGGAAUUAACAAUUCGUACAGUAUUCUUAGUUAUAAACUGUGCAAUAGCUAUCGAACAGAUUUAUCGAGGUAUUCUUAACGAAUCUAUAUCAUCAAUUGGAUUAGCCUUAAUUAGUGUAAUUGACAUAUGCUGUUAUACAUUCAUGAAAAUUAAUAUUGAAAGUACAACAAUGGUUCAACUUCAACCAACAGAAACUGAACAAUUACAUAUACUUAUACCACAAGAACAACGAAUAUAUGAAUCUACAGUAUGA